UGCCGCACCGCCGCGGCCGUGAACCUUCUGCUGGGCGUCUUCCAGGUCCUGCUGCCCUGCUGUCGCCCGGGAGGGGCUCAGGGACAAGCGAUCGAGCCCUUGCCGAACGUGGUGGAGCUGUGGCAGGCAGAAGAAGGGGAACUCCUACUGCCCACUCAGGGUGAGUCUGAAGAGGAUGUGGAGGAACCUUCUCAAGAGCAGAGCUUCUCAGAAAAACUGUUCAGUGGAAAAGGUUUACAUUUUCAGCCAUCAGUUCUAGAUUUUGGAAUACAAUUCCUGGGGCAUCCUGCAGCAAAGAUUCUCCAUGCUUACAACCCUAGUAGGGACAGUGAGGUCGUGGUGAAUUCAGUGUUUACAGCUGCUAGACAUUUCCAUGUGCCUCCUGUUCAUUGCAGGGUAAUUCCAGCGAUGGGGAAAACUUCCUUCAGAAUUAUUUUCUUACCUACUGAAGAAGGAAGCAUCGAAAGUUCUUUAUUUAUUAAUACCUCUUCAUACGGAGUCCUUUCCUAUCAUGUUUCUGGAAUUGGCACUCGCAGAAUCUCUACUGAAGGGUCUGCAGAGCAGCUACCAAAUGCGUACUUUCUGCUGCCACAGGUCCAGAGCAUUCAGCUUUCACAAACACAGGUCAUUUUAAAAGAUUACGAAUCAGCAGUAAAUAUGUAUAUAUUACAUUCAGGAAACAGCCUUAUAUGGAUACAGGAUGUACAUCAUUUCUCACAGAGAGAUGCUCUGUCUCUUCAGUUUGAACCAGUCCUGCUGCCUACUUCUACAACAAACUUUACAAAGAUCGCCUCUUUUAGUUGCAAAGCUAUGUCCUGUGGCAGUGGGAUGAUAGAAGAUGUGAAGAAAUCAAAAAUCACUCCAACACUAGAAGCAUGCCUCUCCUCUCCGGUGGUGCAGGGGUAUUUCAGAGUGGACCCUUCUGCAGCCCAGUUUCAUGUGGAGAGUCACGAGAACACAUCAGGAGUGUGGUCAAUAUGGUACUUCAACCAUUUUGACCGUAACAUUGUGUUAAAGGAUGUGUUUGUUUCCAAGGACGCUAGGCACAUUUUAAAGAUUCUGAAUUUCACUGGCCCUUUAUUUCUACCUCCAGGCUGUUGGAAUAUAUUUUCUUUGAAACUUGCUGUUAAAGACAUUGCCAUAAAUCUAUUCACCAAUAUAUUUUUGACUACAAACAUAGGUGCCAUUUUUGCAAUACCUCUACAGAUUUUCUCAGCACCAACCAAGGAAGGGAGUCUGGGUUUUGAAGUGAUAGCACAUUGUGGCAUGCAUUAUUUCAUGGGAAAAUCAAAAGCAGAAAAUCCUAAUUGGGAUGGGGCCCUUUCUCUGGAUUGGUCUACCUGGGAUGUGGAUUUGGAACUUGCAAAUAACUUGUAUGAAAGUUGGAAGAAACACAAGAGUGGCAAAGUCUGCAGGAGGAAUGUCUUAGGAAUGAUGCGUUUCGCCCACUCGAAGAAACCCAAGGAGUCAGAGUCCUUUGUUUCCGUUUUGCCUCGUUUGGUGGCGGAGCCUGGCCUUGUGUUAAACUUCAGCGCGACUGCCCUGAGGAACAGUGUGGUGAAGUACUUUAUGGUGAGGAACCCGUCCUCGCUGCCAGUCUCCCUGCAGCUCCUGCCUCUCUCCUUGUACCCGAAACCCGAAGCCGCGGCACGCCUGCUGCACAAAUGGUUUGGCACUGAUAUGCAGACGAUUAAUUUCACAACUGGUGAAUUCCAGCUCACCAAAGCUUGCUCUUACCGGGGUGUGCAUUCUGAGGAACCCAGGUCUGGCACCCUCCACUUGCACUUGCAGCCUUUGGAAAUGAAAAGGGUUGGUGUAGUCUUCACCCCAGCUGACUAUGGAAAAGUUACCUCACUCAUACUGAUCCGGAAUAACUUGACUGUUAUUGACAUAAUUGGUGUGGAAGGAUUCGGAGCAAGAGAACUACUGAAAGUGGGCGGAAGGCUUCCUGGCGCAGGGGGUUCACUUCGAUUUAAGGUGCCCGAGUCCACGCUGAUGGACUGUCGCCGACAACUUAAAGACAGCAAGCAGAUUUUAUCUAUUACAAAGAACUUUAAAGUCGAGAAUAUCGGGCCUCUUCCUAUAACUGUGUCUUCACUGAAAAUCAAUGGAUAUAAUUGUCAAGGUUAUGGCUUCGAAGUGCUAGACUGUCAUCAGUUUUCCCUGAACCCAAACACAUCCCGUGAUAUCAGCAUUGUGUUUACGCCGGACUUUACCUCUUCCUGGGUCAUUCGUGAGCUGACACUUGUAACUGCAGCAGACUUGGAAUUCCACUUCACUCUCAAUGUGACCCUGCCCCAUCACCUCUUGCCCUUGUGUGCAGAUGUGGUUCCAGGACCCAGCUGGGAGGAGUCAUUUUGGAGGCUCACGGUCUUCUUUGUCAGUUUGUCUCUGUUAGGUGUGAUUCUAAUAGCCUUCCAGCAAGCACAGUACAUUCUUAUGGAAUUCAUGAAAACAAGACAGAGGCAAAAUGCCAGCUCCUCCUCACAUCAGAACAACGGGCCAGUGGAUGUAAUCAGCUCCCAUUCUCACAAAAGCAAUUGCAAGAACUUUCUCGACACGUACGGCCCUUCUGAUAAAGGCAGAGGGAAAAGCUGCCUUCCAGUGAGCACCCCGCCCAACAGGGUCCAGAAUGCUGCCAAGAGGAGCCCGGCCACCUACGGUCACUCUCAGAAGAAGCAUAAGUGCUCAGUGUACUACAGUAAACACAAAACCAGCGCAUCCCUGGCCAGCAGUGCCAGCCCUGCUACUGAGGAGAAACAGACUUUGACCCUGGGAGGCUCCCUGUCUGCUGCUAAAGAGGACAUUUGCACCAAUGUCAUGGGUGAGAACUGGGUCAGCCUCAACUAUGCCAAUGGCAUGAGUGUCAACCUGCAGAAGAAUUUAACCCUCCCCAAAAACUUAUUGAAUAAAGAGGAAAACACACUGAAAAACACAAUUGUUGUCAAUAAUACUUCUUCAGAAUGUAGUCUGAAGGAGGGAAUACAGACAUGUAUGUUUCCUAAGGAAACUGACAUUAAAACUUCAGAGAACAUAGUCGAGCUCAAGGAACGAGAGCUCUGUCCCCUGAAGACCGCUAAGAAACUACCUGAAAAUCCUUUGCCAAGAAACUCACCUCAGUUCCACCAGUCAGACUUGCCAGAAAUGUCCAAGAAGCAUAAUGGGAAUAACCAGCAAGUGCCUGUCAAGAAUGAAGUAGACACUUGUGAAACUUUGAAAAAGGUCGACACAAAGUCACCUUCAGAAAAGAAGAUUCACAAAGCUUCUAAAGAAGACGUAUGUUCUGAGAAACAGGACAUGCCUUCAGUGGAGCAAGAGGAUCCUUUCAGGAAGAAGAAGCUUCAGGAGAAAAGAGACGGAAAUGUGCAAAAUCUGAAUUGGAAUAAAAAUCGAACGUGUAGAAAGAACAAGAAGAGGGGUGUCACCCAGGCCUCGAGGUCUUCUGAACAGAGUGAACUGAAGCUUGGGUGCAGUGAUUUUGAGAGGUCUGAGCUGGGCAGUGGCACUGAUGUGAGGAGCUGGUGUGUACAGGAGAACCCUGGGGAGAGUUGUAAAGCAGAUGCAGAAGCGGCGAGCAGUUCACCUGCUGCACAGAGAGAGGCAGACGGUUACCUCCAGAAGCCCGAGAAGAAGUGUGCAGACAAGUUCUGCUCGGAUUCCAGCUCUGACUGUGGAAGCUCCUCGGGCAGCGUCCGUGCCAGCCGGGGCAGCUGGGGCAGCUGGAGUAGCAGCGGCAGCUCCGAUGGUGACAGGAAGCCCGUGGUGGACCCCCAGCACUUCCUGCCAGCUGGAGACACUGUUUCCCAAAACGACUUUUCUUCUGAAACUCCUAUCUCCUUGAACCUUUCUCAUCACAUCUGCAAUCCCACAGACGUGAGUAACGUCCCACAGUACCCAGAGCCCUCCCAGCCCGGCCUUCCUGCUGGAUCUGCAGGUGCUGAAGAAGACAAAGGUCUGUACCCACCCGGAGACUUGUGGCCCCCACAGCCAGUGUGUCUGACAAACGGCCUGAGCUGUACUUUGGAGAACAGGGCACCCGGAGUGCUGCAGGAGCCCGCCCCGGUCCACAGCAGCAGUUUCAUCGACUGGAGCGCGACUUGCGAGGGCCAGUUUCCCAGUGUGUACUGCCCGUUGGAACUGAACGAUUACAAUGCCUUUCCAGAAGAAAACAUGAAUUAUGCCAACGGCUUUCCUUGUCCUGCAGAAGUUCAGACCAGUUUUAUCGAUCACAAUUCUCAGUCGACCUGGAACACCCCACCCAACAUGCCUUCCACCUGGGGACACGCCAGUUACGUCAACUCUCCGCCCUACCUCACCAGCACCCGAAGCUUGUCUCCAAUGUCUGGACUGUUUGGUUCUAUCUGGGCCCCGCAGAGCGAUGUGUAUGAAAGUUGUUGCCCGGUCAGCCCCACCCCAGAACACUCGGCCCACAUGGAAAGCCAGGCGGCGGUCGUGUGCAAGGAGUACUACCCAGGGUUCAACCCGUUCCGUGCCUACAUGAACCUGGACAUAUGGACUUCCACAGCAAAUCGGAACGCCAACUUCCCACUGUCCAGAGACUCGAGUUACUGUGGGAAUGUGUGAAAAGAAUUGGAUUUUUAAACAAUGUGAAUAAAAAGGCUUGUGUUUUGAUUACUAGCGUAAACUGGUUGUUGAGAUAGAUUGUGACAUUGGCGGAUAUUUUGGCACUUUUAUAUGAAAAAAUAAAUUUUUUUAUGAAA